UUAAAUCGCUCGGAACAUUUCGGCCAUGGCCGAGUUGUUACGAUUGUAUAACGAGGUCUAUCUCGAAGCUUUGUCGGAGGAGGCCGAGUUAUUACGAUUGUAUCGAGUUGUUCCCCUUCGCAUAAUUGUUAUCUGUGUCAGUCAACUUUCGUUUUAUUGGAAAGGGAUGAUUUGUGACGGCCUUUCCUGUUGAAAUGAUGCAGACAAUAUGACACUGUACGGGGUGAAGCCGGAAUACUAACUGAACUAUGUCUGCGGUCCCUGCUGUAUCGUAUAGGCUGUUUCCAUGGACAGUGUAUCCUAGGCCUGGCUUUUUCAGGGCGCAAUAUGUAGACCUCCAUCCAAGAUUCAGAAAGAUUAUUGAUUCACUGCCGGCAGUUGUUAAAAACCAAGGGCUUCUUAAUAAACUGGAUGCAGUAAAUGGACAACUAAAAGGAUCUCUGCGGAUAAAUGUUAUAAGCGACGCUGAUUUAUCAGUUAAACAGUACAUUCUAGAUGAGACAGUUUUACAAGAUACGGCUGGCAUCCUAGUGCCAUCGUCGCUUGAAAUAUGCGUUUGCUACAUACAUUGUGCAAAAUUAGAUGAUGCUUUUGCAAAGCAUAUUGACGAAGUGUUGCGGAGCCUCAUAAACGUGACAGGCAGCAGGUCAGCAGACACUGCGUUUCUUGCAUUCGAUUUCAACUGCCCAGUUUCCGAUGAAGAUAUUCAUCGAGUUACGAGUUAUGUUCUACAAAAGCUCGGGGUGCAAGCGGAAGGUCAUCGGAGACCGAAUUUGAAUAUUGUUUUCGUUGAAAAUGAAGUUUCAUUACCUUCAGCGAUAUCACAGUACUUAGAAAGUGAACUCGUUCAAGUUUUUCAUGACAUGUACUCAUUUGUACUGUCGCUCAUUCCAAAAGAAGGACAUAAGAGAUGUGUAACUACUUUGGAGGGCUACACACGAAGAAAGGGGGUGCACUCAGCCAUUCUUGCUUUUAUGAGUGAUGUACAUAUGCAGUUUGGGGAUGUCGAAGGAUUUACAGACGAACAUAUAAAACGGAUUUUAACACAGCUGGGACGCCUGUUCAGAUGCAGCAUAUUUACACCAUACCUGCAAAAUAAGUAUGGCAUCCCCUCAUGGAUUUGUUCUUCCGUCUUAGAUUCAAUACGGUUUGACGAUCGCUUUCAGACUAGCGUUACUGACGAAACCUGUAGAUUCAUCAUCAAGACUAUUGAAAAUGUACGAAGGGAAAUCAAGGAACCAAAUGAUUUUGGACUCCUGUUCGGAACCCAAACGAAAGAAAAACGUUUUAGCUGGGUAAGUCCCAAGUUGCUUACAGAUUUAAAAGGUUUGCUGAAAGAGGCUGAACAGAAAAUGGGAUCAGUUGCCAGAGUUGUGAGUGUUGUGAAGAAACUAGCGUUCGAAAUUGAAGGGUAUCUAGAACAAGCAAUCGGGAACGACUUCAGGCAUUAUGCAGAACCGCCUAUUGUACCAGCAGUUAUACGAAAGGAGAUUCUCAUGUUGAACUAUGUGUAUGCAGUUGGCACAGUGUAUAACGACUUCGUAGUAUACCUUAACGGAGAAGGCUGUCAAUCUAUGGAAACCGAAGAAUUGCAAGAGGACCAGUUUUCAACAUUGAAAGGGGUCGCAGAAUACGACAUUAAAGCAUUGAUGAAGAAACAUUGCACCUUCUUUCCGUACAAGAUUCAGGUUGUUUCGAGGCCUAUCAAGACAUUUGCUGAUAAUCACUACUUUCCUGGUUCGAAAAUUUCAAAAGUUGGCAGUAACGGAUGGGGAACGCUUGGCGGAUUUUUCCGGAAUGAACAUGGCUCCUUUGCAAUCACCUGCGACCAUGUGCUUGAGUGCGUGAAUGAGGCGGAGAUGAUCGAGAUUCACGACGUGACAUUAGGCCCCGCGGUAAUUGGGUUGACCUCGCGAGAUAUGAGUGUGCGCGCGGGAGAAAAUAUUAAUUUCAGUUUGGUAGAUAUUGCAGCAAUAAAAAUGAACGAAUGUGAUAAAUGCACAUUAGAGUUUUUGGAUGCAGAUUCCAAGCUUAGAGUGGCGGAGCGUUUCGAAGGAAAUUCGUCAAAUUUACGUAGACGUACGGCUUUUAAACACGGGGCAAAAUCUUCUCUUACGACUGGUAUUAUUGUAUCCGGUGAUUUUGAAAUGAGUUCGACAGAUUGUACGAGCAAUUAUGUUGUUCUCAUAGAAGACAAACCUGGUUCAGCGGAAAGAUUUGCCAUGCAAGGCGAUAGCGGUUCUGUCAUUUGCGUGAUUGAACUUGACGACCACAGUGCAAGACAACCCAGGAUGUUCCUUGUGUCCAUUUUGUUUGGAGGUGAAAUGCAGAUGUUUGCGGAGACUUUUGAUAACAUUGAAGAAGCAGAACCGCAGGUACCUGAACUGCAGGUACCUGAAAACACCGUUUCCGUCCGACUGAAUGUUGCUUUGAAGGCUCUUUGGGCAAAGAACCAACAUUUGGGAUUUCUGUAAAUUCGAGUAUUUCUCCAAAUUUCUCCAGAACUAAACUUAAGAAAGUCGUCUUUAUCUUAAACUAUAACGUUUUUUAUACGUUUUUCAUCAUGUUCCUGGAUAUAAUUUGGAGUGACAUGUUUCUUUACGUCGUGAAAGUUUAUUUCUUUGAUUUUUAGCUCGACUAUUCGAGGAAUAGGUGGGCUAUACUACUCGACCCAGCGUCGGCGUCGGCGUCCGGUUUAAGUUUUAGGGCAAGUUGGGAUUUUAACAUAUAAGUCCAAUACCUUUCAUUCAAUUGCGGUAAUACUUCACACAGUUGUUCAGGGCCAUCCCAUGAUGAGGUUAGAUAACUCCAUAUUAUUCUUUACACAGAUUAUGGCCCCUGGUUGACUAUGAAAUUUAAAUUCAAGUUUUAGGGCAGUUGGGAUAUUUAUAAAUAGCUUCUAUACCCUUGUUCAAUUGACCUAAUACUUUACACAGUUGUUCAGGACCAUCACACAAUGAGGUUACAUAACUCCAUAUUAUCCUUAAUACAAGUUAUGGUCCCUGAUUGACUUAGGUUAAAGUUUUAGGGCAAGUUGGGAUUUUCACUUAAAACUCCAAUACCAUUCAUUCAAUUGACUUAAUACUUCACACAGUUGUUCAGAGUCAUCACAUAAUGAGGUUAGAUAACUCCAUAUUAUCUUUUAUACAAAUUAUGGCCCCUAAUUAACUAUGGAACUUAGGUUAUUAUUUAUUAAGAACUUCUAUACCCUUCAUUCAAUUGACUUAAUACUUCACACAAUUGUUCAGGACCAUCACCCAAUGAGGUUACAUAACUCCAUUUCCUUAAUACAUGUUAUGGCCCCUGAUUGACUUAGGUUAAAGUUUUAGGCAAGUAAAAAGUUAAGGGCAAGUUGGGUUUUUAAUAAAAAAAACCUUCUAUACCUUUCAUUCAAUGCACUUAAUAAUAUUCAAAAUUAUUGACGACCAUCUUACAACAAGCAACAUAACUCCAUUUUAACCCUAAAUACAAAUUAUGUCCCUUAAAUAUUUUUUUUUAUAAUUUCUUUUGACAGGCACAUUUUUUUCAUUCUUAACCAAUGGAAAACAAGGACGGCUAUCCUAUAUAUGGCCCUUGAUUUUUUUAAAAAUUUCUUUUGAAAGGCAUACUUGUAUAUUCUUUACCACAUUUUCAUUAUGGGAAAUCAAGUUAUUUGAAUGACUUGCGGCAUUUUUCGGGUGGUGGGAGGAUAGCAUUAAAGUCACCUUAUGUAUUGAAUAAUUUUAGUUAGGUUUGACAUAAAUACACUAAACUUGGUAAUAUUACAUCGUUAUUGUAUUCACUUCUAAGUCAAAGCGGCGAAGUCGAGCGCGCUGUCUUACGACAGCUCUUGUUUUUUUACCUGCAACUAAAAUUGCAAGAAGGAAACGACCAGAUAAAUUAUUUGGUAACGAUUACUUUAUUAAAUUGCUUGAUUGUAUAUCAAUGAUUACGUUACACGUUUGCUUCCUUUACAAUGUUUGCUUUGUUGAUUUUCUUUAAUUAUUUAAAAAGUGAAUACAAUCCAGGAGAAGAUUCUCUGAUUUUUGUAUAUUGCCGCGAUUUGCAAAAAAACAUGAUUUUAAAAAUAUGGUAAACGACUUCCUUAUUGUAUUUAAAACGAUGUUUUAUGUAACGUUUUCCUAUCAUAUAUCAUUGAAGUCGUUAAGACAUUUCGCCAGAGAUUUUGGUUCAUUCUUAAUGUAAACUACGUUGGGGGGGGGGGGGGGGUGCGUAAAACAUUUUAUUAUCUACUACACUAAUGGGUCAUGCGCCAAUACAGAUCACAGAUACUUGAAUGUAUAAUGCAGAUCCCAACAGCUGCCUAUGGCUUACUUGUAUAUACAUGUAGUUGCCUGUGGCCUCAGCUGGGUAAAAUCAGUCUUGAUCCUGAAAAUGAAAAAAUACAACAUUUUAUUGGCUGCUUAUGACGUCAUGGGACACACUACAACUAGUAAUCAUGAUUUGACAAUAUUUCAACUUUCUAUAAAAUAAAAAAAACCCACAAGGGUUAUAUAAUCGACCUUUAUAUAACCCAAGACUGUUUUUACCCAGCUGAGGCCACAGGCAACUAUUUAAAGUAAGCCAGGGGCAGCUGUGGGGAUCGGCAUCAUACAUUCAAGUCUCUGUGAUACAGAUAUCCACAGCGAAUAAUGAGUUCAUCGAUAAAAUUAUGCACGGUGCCCUUAAUUUAUCUUUUUAAGAAAAAAACUCACCCAAAAUCAUGUUAACGGGAAAUAGGGAUGCAUCCUAAUCUAUAUUUUUAAAGAUAUCGGCUCUUUCAUAUAUAAUUAUUCGACAGCCUUUAUUCUUUAUCUGGCCAAUGGAAUGUCUUGUUAUUAUAUUGUUAUUAUUUUUUUCUGCUGACGAAUAUAUGAAGCGCUGUCGAAUACUGAGGACCACCUAUACUUACUGAGUACCACUUAUACUAACACUUGUUCAUUUGAUGCCCUUGUGUAUUAAUUCAUUUGUUAAUAAUUACAACUUUUUACCAAUAAACCUAGAUUUUCAUGACUUUGAAUA